CUUAGAAUUUGAGCCAGUUGCCUUGACCCUAACAUUCCGCGGAAUGUGAUUUUCACCUAGGGCUUUGCAUGCGUAACAGCUGGUGCAUCCUAAUAGACGAUGUUGCAAAAUGAUUUUAACUCCACACCACUGGAAUGCUUGGAGCCUGAGAUCUUAGAAACUUUUUGUUUCGCUGGACUUGCGUACUUUAUAACGGAUCUCCACAAUGUUAAAGAAGACGACACUCCGGAACCAAUCGAUAUAAUCCCAUCUACCUCAGAUUAUCUAGUGAAUGACUUCAAAAAUCUUCUACCUGAAUUCGACAAUCUUUAUACAUCUGUUCAUAAAAAUCUUAAAAAAAUACAGGAGAUUGACAUGAAGCUGAAUUCAGUCGACAUUGAUUCACGUGACUUUGAAAAUCUAAAAUCUUUCGUGCAUUUGAACUAUCUUUCUGAUGACAUUGAAAUAGACAGUGUUAGAGGACAGAUGGAUCUAAUGUUAACCCAAAAAGAAUAUGAGCUUAAUUCUAUUACUUCUGCUGUUGAAGAAGAUGCAAUUUUACAGAAGGAGCUUGUUGGGCAAAUAGAUACACUCAAGUCACUACUCGUAUCAGGGCAGGCUAGUCUUGAGGAAAAACAAAACAAGCAUCAUCAAAGGGAGUACACGGAAAGUUUGGGAAUAUUAAAUCUGUGCUCACCGUAUAUCACACUGCGGUUUAAUCUACUGGUAGUUUCACCUGUAGAGGAUGAAACCUCGACGUCUCUUGUUCGCGGACUUCUACAAGAAGGAAUAUUUGGCAGUUUAUCAUUGCAUGAUGUCAGGGUUAUGGGCUAUCAUGAAAGUCUCGUGAAGCUAUCUCGAAUUUUUGCGUCAGCCUUGGUCCCUGGUGCCAUUGUAGCCUGCUCUCAACUUCAAUCGUGUGUAGAUAUGACGUUGACUGAAGAUAUACGCCGACUGUGCUCACUUUACGCUCUGGACUGGGAUCCAAGUUCACGUUGUUUUCACUUUUUAACAGAUCAUGAAGGUACAGUAAAAGCUACUGUACAUAUAGCUCCAAAUGGUUCUGUCAACCUCGUGACAAUCACAAAACUUUCGAAUUCGGAUCAAUAUCAGUCAUGCAACUUUAUCCCUCCGAUUUCGUGGUCUUUGGAUGAAUGGAUGAUGGAAAUCAAUGACUUCUGUCAUUCGGAUGAUUUCUAACAAGUUUCGCGGGAAUUUUAUUCACAUUUAUUUUUGUAUACAUUUUACAGACAAUUUUUUCAUAGUUCAACGUUAAAUCACUUUUAAACCUUAAAGCACUAAUAAGUGUGGUUUUCUAUCCCAAUUAAAUGACUUUUUUAUUAUCAUCAGAUGAUCAUGGUAAAUAAAUUAGGCUACUGGGAUGAAUACUAGAAACCUAUUCUGAGUCCCCUUAUCAACUCUCUCACUCGUAAUAUAUGCAUAUCUAUAAAGGUUUAAAUGACAUUCUUUAAAUAUGUAGAUGAUUUGAUAGGGUUACCCUUUCACCUACGCACAUUAGUUAACCAAUAGUGGAAUUCAAGAUGAAUGUUUCGUUUUAUUUAGGGUUCGUCAGCGUCCCCAUUGAGUGGUGGUGUUUCCACUGAGACUUGAACUCUGUAUCCCUAUCGUUUCAGACGUCAAAGAAUUAUCCACGAAAGCCAUAUGUUUGUUCUAGAAGUGACCACGUAAAUGGAUACGAUUCUCGCCAGGAAGCAUUUUACCCUGACUGCUGUUUUUCUAACCAUCCUCUCCUUCCUUAAGUUAUUUUUUGCUUCAUAUUAUAAAUUAAUUAAUGAAAAGCACCAACUACGCAUU